AUGCACAGUGAUCCUAGAAACUGGAAAUUAGAUCCAACUGAAUUUAUUCCUGAACGAUUUUAUGGUGUUGAUGCACCCGAUGCUAAUCAUCAUCCAUUUGUAUUUGCUCCAGUUGGUGGUGGACAUCGAGCAUGUAUUGGACAAGACUUAGCUCAGUUAGAAUUAAAAGCGAUUAUUAUUCGUUUAAUGCAGUUUGUUACAUUUGUUGAUACACCCAACAACAAUGAUGGUCACCUACAACGAAUGGCAGUUGUACCAAAAGAACUCGCAGUAUCAAUUAAAUUUGACUAA